CAUCUGAGAAAGGAGAUAUCAUUGUAUCAUGUGACAAGAAUAUUAACAAUCCAAUCAGCAUCAAGUUACCACCUAAACAACCUUUGAGCCUAUCCUAAUAUCACUUCUUCUUUUUUUUUCACUCGUAACGCACUAAACCUGCCACUUUUUCUGCGUCAAACCUCUUUUACAUUCACAUUAAGCAUGCAGACGUUCAUCCUCUCUGCAACACCGUCUUCCAAAUCACUUUACGCUCCCCCUAACUUCCCUCCUAACAAAGACAGGCAUCCUGUACCCCCACCUCCUAUCGAAAAGCAAAGAGCGAGAAGCAAAAUAUCAUGCUUGAACCAAAGUCAUGUAUGUGAUGUAACCCUCCAAAAAUUUAAGCUUAGAGAAUCUCCUCAUGGCCGCUAUGUGCUUAAACUUGCCCCAGGAGCUUAAAACUCCCACCUUCGGAGAGGCCGUCCUCGCACUGGAGGUGCCUUCCAGGGAUUGCAGGUCAAAAAGGCAAUCCACUUUUUCGCUCCUACGAAUCACUCAUUCAAGAGGUUCCAAGAUUUAGAGAAUAUGUGGGCAAGGACAUAGAUUUUAUUCACUAUAGGUGGCAUGGCAGUCUCACUAGGCCUUGUGGAGAGCCAGAGGGGAAGGGCUUCAAAUAUGUUCGCUGAUAGCAACUCAAAUCAUACUCUAUGGAGAAAAGGAAGAUUCUGAGACCUCUGCGAAUCGAAGCAUGAUUUUGGACUAGAUGCCCCCCAUCAUUUAGCUUCUAUAAAUAUCAGCCUCUCCUCCGCCACUUACUUCAUCAACCUAAUAGCAAGACACAUUUGAGUUCCUCACUUUAAAGAGUGUUGCUGUAGUGUACUAGUAUAGACUAGCAUUCUUGUUGAUCAUGUCAAGGGAUCCACUCGUCGUAGGUCGUGUUGUUGGUGAUGUGUUGGACCCAUUCAUCAGGUCUGCAUCACUUAGGGUGCUCUACAACAACAGGGAGGUGACGAACGGGUCCGAGCUCAAGCCAUCGGCAGUGGUGCACGAGCCGAGGGUCGAGAUCCCAGGACGCGACAUGAGGACCCUUUACACGCUUGCGAUGGUGGACCCUGAUGCACCAAGCCCAAGCAAUCCAACCAAAAGAGAGCACCUGCACUGGUUGGUGACGGACAUCCCUGAAACAACUAAUUCUAGUUUUGGAAAUGAAAUUGUUCCCUAUGAGAGUCCACGACCAACAGCUGGCAUUCAUCGUUUUGUGUUCGUGUUGUUCCGACAAGAGGUCCGACAGACUAUUUAUGCACCCGGAUGGCGACAAAACUUCAACACCAGGGACUUUGCAGCACUUUAUAACCUUGGACCGCCAGUUGCUGCAAUGUACUUCAAUUGCCAAAGGGAGAAUGGUUGUGGUGGAAGAAGGUACCAUGCUGUCAGUGGAUGGACAUGAUGAUCUGUUCUGAAGUGUCAACCAUUUGAGAGGUUGGUCAUACUAAUCCAGGAAUAUAGAGUGCAGCCUGGAAAUAAGAGUUGGGCUUUCAGGAUGACUUGUAAUACAAUAUAAAGGGUUUAUGCUUAACACUUUCCAGAGUGGUUUUUCCCCUUUUUUUUCGUUUUCCCCUUGUGUGUGCAAGUUUGCCUUGCUUCCAUAAGCUAAUGAAGUGAAAAGGAUUGUGUCACAGUUCCAGAAUAUA